AUGGCAGCCAUGGCAGCAGGUCUCAGCACCAUCUCAACCGCCCCAGCGAGCUGGAAGGUGAUGGCGGAAUCCCCUAGGUCACAGCCGCAGGCGUUCCUGUCGAUGAAGCAGCAUCUGGCGGUGGGGGCGACGACGAAGAAGGGAGGAAGAUUGGGAGGGUUCCGGCCGGUGAUGGCGGCGCCGGAUCAGAUCCAGAGCAAGGUGGAGGAGAGCAUCAAGGGGGCGGAGGAGACGUGCGCGGAGGAUCCGGCGAGCGGGGAGUGCGUGGCGGCGUGGGACGAGGUGGAGGAGCUGAGCGCCGCCGCGAGCCACGCCCGGGACAAGGCGAAGUCGUCCGACCCGCUCGAGGCCUACUGCAAGGACAACCCGGAGACCGACGAGUGCCGCACCUACGACAAUUAA